UACAUAUUAUGCUGACAUGGUGGGAACGUUAUGGCUGCGUAUGUUUUCAUACACUUACACGGGCAUAUCUCCAUACAGUACUAGGACAUUAGUCUAGGCACAUUUCAGGCACAUGUCAGGCUGCGAAGUGUCCCCAGACGAAUGUCCAGUCACUUGUCGUAAACGGAGUUGUCUUUUUUCUUCGUCAAAUACUGCUUUUCUACUCGAGGUUAUAGUUUAUGGUAUAUUUAGGCUCUCUUUCAGCGUAAGAUCAGGCGUGAACUUCUACUUUCCGCCUUUUUUCGUCUCUCAAGUAUCAUAUCAAGCAAGCUACAUAUUCUCGUCUACGAAGACAACUGACCAAGUUCCCCCGUACCACAAAUAAAGGGGUUUCUUAGGUCUGGUGAUCUUUGUUCUUUGUCUGUCUCCUUGAAAAGGUUUCAUUAGUAGCUGAAGGCAAUUAUGUUCUGGUAGGCC